AUGUGGAAGUUGAAGAUUGCUGAUGGAACCGGGCCGUGGCUUACAACAACCAAUAAUCAUCUUGGAAGACAGCAUUGGGAAUUCGAUCCUGAGGCUGGAACUCCAGAUGAACGAGUCGAGGUUGAAAGGCUGCGUGAUGAGUUCAAGAAGAACAGAUUUCGAACCAAACAGAGUGCUGAUUUGCUGAUGCGUAUGCAGCUUGUGAAGGAGAACCAAUGUGGUCAGAUUCCACCAGCGAUCAAAAUCAAAGAAACAGAAGGUAUAAUAGAGGAAGCAGUGACAACUACUCUAAGAAGGGCCAUCAGUUUCUAUUCUACAAUUCAGGCUCAUGAUGGCCACUGGCCAGCUGAAUCCGCUGGCCCUUUGUUUUUCCUCCCUCCUUUGGUCUUAGCCUUGUAUGUAACCGGAGCAGUCAAUGCUGUUCUAUCACGAGAACAUCAGAAAGAGAUUAUACGAUACAUAUAUAAUCAUCAGAAUGAAGAUGGAGGUUGGGGGAUACAUAUAGAGGGUCAUAGCACCAUAUUUGGUUCUGUACUUAGCUACAUUGCGCUUAGGUUGCUUGGAGAAGGACAAGAAGAUGGUGAAGACAGGGCCGUAGCUAGAGGUCGAAAAUGGAUACUCGACCAUGGUGGCGCUGUGGGGAUACCAUCGUGGGGAAAGUUUUGGCUCACGGUGCUUGGAGUAUACGAGUGGGAUGGCUGCAACCCAAUGCCCCCAGAAUUCUGGCUGCUUCCCAAAUUGUCACCCAUUCAUCCAGGAAAAAUGUUGUGUUAUUGUCGGUUGGUAUACAUGCCCAUGUCAUAUUUAUAUGGGAAGAGGUUUGUUGGACCAAUUUCUGGAUUGGUGCUAUCACUAAGACAAGAGAUUUAUACUGAACCUUAUCAUGAAAUAAAUUGGAAUAGAGCAAGGAACACCUGUGCAAAGGAGGAUCUUUACUAUCCACACCCUCUCGCGCAAGAUAUGCUUUGGGGAUUCCUCCAUCAUUUUGCCGAGCCAGUUCUAACUCGAUGGCCGUUUUCUAAACUGAGAGAGAAGGCUUUAAAAGUUGCAAUGGAGCAUGUUCAUUACGAGGACAUGAACAGCAGAUACCUUUGCAUUGGAUGUGUAGAGAAGGUGUUAUGUCUUAUUGCUUGCUGGGUGGAAGAUCCUAAUUCCGAAGCAUACAAAAGGCAUCUAGCUCGUAUACCUGAUUACUUCUGGGUUGCCGAAGAUGGCUUGAAAAUGCAGAGUUUUGGUUGUCAAAUGUGGGAUGCAGCUUUUGCUAUUCAAGCCAUAUCAUCAUCCAAUCUAGCUGAAGAGUACGGGCCAACCCUCAUGAAAGCACACAAUUUUGUGAAAGCCUCACAGGUCCAAGAAAAUCCAACUGGAGAUUUUAGUAAAAUGUAUCGGCACACUUCUAAAGGCUCCUGGACAUUUUCUAUGCAAGAUCAUGGUUGGCAAGUCUCGGACUGCACGGCCGAAGGACUUAAGGCCGCACUCUUAUUCUCUCAAAUGCCUACAGAACUAGUUGGAGCAGAAAUUGAAACGGAGCGUUUAUAUGACGCUGUAAAUGUCAUUUUGUCCCUUCAGAGUGCUAGUGGCGGUUUUCCGGCAUGGGAGCCUCAGAGAGCAUAUCGAUGGUUGGAGAAGCUCAACCCUACAGAGUUUUUCGAAGAUGUCCUUAUAGAGCGAGAUUAUGUAGAGUGCACAUCAUCAGCAGUCCAAGGUUUAAAGCUCUUUAAGAAGUUACAUCCAGGACACAGAAGAAAGGAAAUAGAAAGUUGCAUCUCAAGAGCAAUACAAUAUAUCGAAGCUACUCAAAAUCCUGAUGGUUCAUGGGAUGGUAGUUGGGGAAUAUGCUUUACGUAUGGCACAUGGUUUGCAGUAGAGGGCUUGGUAGCUUGUGGGAAAAAUUAUCGUAAUUCUCCCACACUACAGAAAGCAUGUGAAUUUUUGCUUUCGAAGCAAUUACCGGAUGGCGGAUGGGGUGAAAGUUACCUUUCAAGCUCGAACAAGGUAUAUACUAAUCUUCAAGGUAAUCGGUCAAAUUUGGUGCAAACCUCAUGGGCUCUGUUGUCUCUCAUCAAAGCUGGGCAGGUCGAGAUUGAUCCCGAGCCAAUACAUCGUGGAAUAAAGCUGCUUGUAAAUUCACAAAUGGAAGACGGUGACUUUCCUCAACAGGAAAUUACAGGAGCAUUCAUGAAGAAUUGUACACUGAACUAUUCAUCGUACCGGAAUAUCUUCCCAAUAUGGGCUCUUGGUGAAUAUCGUCAUCGGAUUCUUCAUGCACGAGCAUAG